CUUACGCAAAUAACUAUCUCUUAUUAUUUAUUUUCAUUGCUACGCUCGCUAAUUUACAAGAGGCAGCGUUUUUUUCACGAUGCUUCUCGCAUUGCAUAAAAUUCUUGUAAUAUUGCAGAACUGCCGGCGCAUAUUCAGACGAAAACUCUCUUAAAUCUCGCAAGUAAUUUUAUUCGCGAAUGGGGAGAAAAACCAUGUAAAACGCGAUCCCAUUUCAAAAUUUGCAGAUUCUGCGACAGCAUUAUCAACGACGGGACUCUGCAAUACGCGGAGAAACCUUGUUGCGUCGAAGCAGAACAUUUCAAUCGAUUAUUGAAGGAAUGGCUCUCGCUAUACAUGUCACAUAAUACAUCAAAAUUAAAAUCUGCCAAUCCUACUGAAGUUGAAUACAAAAUGAAUUAUUUCAAUGCGAAUAUUUUGCAGAAAAAUGAUUUUACAAGAUUUGAUAACAUCAAUAAUGCAGAAUUACAAUUAGUUCCUCCUAUAAAAAAUGGCAUAGCAUCAUUGAAAGAUCAUUACAAGAGUCACAUUGACUCUCAAUCGAAGACAUAUCCGAAUACGGUGACAAAAUUACUUGACAAACAUCAAGAUAACGUUUUAAACGCUUCAGGAGAAGUCGAUCCGCGAAAAGCUAAGCGUCUCAUUCAAUCAACUAUCGAAAUGGGUCUCGGUACUGGAAUCGUCAACGAUCAAUCGAAAGCAAAUGGCAAUCUUUCAUCUCGGCGCGAAAAAACAACAUAUCCGAGUACUACGACAAAAUUACAUGACAAACAUCAAGAUAACGUUUUAAACGCUUUAGGAGAAGUCGAUCCGAAAAAAUCUAAGCGUCCUAUUCAGUCGACAAUCGGAAAGGGUCUCGGUACCGAAACUGCCAACGAUCAAUCGGAAGCAAAUGGCAAUCCUUCACCUCGGCACGAAAAAACAAGAGUAUCGACAAGUGGAGCACGUAGUGAGGACUAUACAAAAAAUAUCGACACAGAAACGGCAAGAAUACGCGAAAAACGUGACAAUAAUCCAAAUCAGCACAGACUCGGCGAGGUUGAAGAUAAGGAUCGACAAGAUCGCCGCUUGACUCAACGUGACAUGCAAGAAGAAGCGAACAGACCGCGGAUUGCGGCUGGAAAAACACGAAAAGAUGGAGGUACGAAAAACGGGAAUACGGUAGAAGAGAGCAACGGGAAUCCCGAUAAGAAUCCUUAUCAUCGCAGGGAAGAACGCGAGACGCGAUUGCUGGAUAACAAAACGAAGAAAAUCGGCCGAUUGGAUCGAGUAGAAGAGAAGAACAUUUCGAUAGAGACAUCGAGGCCAACCAAAAGAUCCGAGGUAAAGCCGGAUGGGAAUGAACGCGAUCGAGACGAAAACGAGGAAAACCCAACUACUCACCGAGAUAGGAAGACAGAAGCGAAAGAUAAAGACAAGAAGGAAGGAACGAUGCUCCUAAAUAAGAAUAAGGAGCCUGGGAGUAAGAAAGCGACGAUUUCGCUUGAUGACGCAAAAGAGGGACUCUUUGCCGUUAAUGAAGAGGGAAAACUUUCUACAAAUAAUAAACGCAAAGCAGUUUCAACUGAAAAAAGAUACGAUCUCGAGGAGGCGAGAAAAUGGAAAGUUAAUAAUCCUUCAAAUUCGAUCGAGUACCAAUUAUCGAACGCGCACUUUGUGAAACUCGGUUGGACGAUGUUACCGAUUACCAAAACCAUGAGAAAAAUCAUACAAUAUGAAGCCAGACCGGCAAAGCCCAGUCUAGAUUUGUUCAAAAAAUAUAGUCGCAAGGAUAUGGAACAUUAUGAAGAUGGGCUGACGCCAUUUUUAAAAUUCCAUUCCGAUGGUUCCGGCGAGUUAUUUUAUCCCAAUGGCAUAUUAGCUAUUAGAAUUUACAAACCGAAAAACCGGAAAUAUGAUAUGUAUACUGUGUUCACGCCAGGAGGCAAAGAUGCAUUGGGGAUAGAAAGGGAGCCUCAACUCUUGGCGAUAUUCGACACUAUGGGAUACGGUGUCGUUUUCGACGUUAAUGGCACGGCGAGGCUGUCCUACAACCAGAUCGGAGGAAUUUUUACGGACAAUCCCGCGGGCCUGCCCCUCAUUUGGACUUGGAAUGGCAAGCCGAGAGAGUCGAUACUCGAGACUGUGUACAUGGAAAGAAAGACCGAUUGGUUACAAAUGGAAUUUUUCUCCGCUCCAAAUAAAUCGACGAAAAAUUCCGGAAAUGUUAAGACACCGACUAGUUCGAGAAAUAAGGAAAAGAAGGUCGUCGAGAUACAGAAACCUGUUGUCGAGAAGCGACAAGAAGAGGUCGAGAACAAAUCGACCGACAAUCAAGAUUUUUCCGAAGAGAACAUGUGUCACAUAAAAAUAAUUUGCAUGAAACUAAAUGAAUUUCUUAGCCUGCGAAUCAUCGAUCGAAAAAACAUCAGUUUACGAUUUUGUGCUAAAAAUAAAAAUAUCAGAAUAGAAUUGGGGACAGUUAUGAAUUUUAAUAAAGAAAAAGCAUCUCGUAUGAUAGACGCAAGCGAUUGGAAAAGCGAUAUGCUAAGAUGUCGAUUCCAGGAGAAUUUGUCCAAAAAAUUGGAAUCGGAUAGCAGUCUGUACGAUUUAGCUAAGGAGUAUCGAAAAGUAAAAAAAUUCGCGAAGCAACGUAAAGUCAUGGUUGCCAAAUACAAACCUUUUUCCAUGAUCAACCGUGCCUUCACUUGAUCGU